CCCACACUGACUGACACAGUAACCUGUGAGCUACUGUGCUCCUGCAGCUCACCUUCCAGAAACAUUGUGAGGAAAGAAAACAAACCUGGAUGGAUGGAUCCUUUACUAUUAAACAUAUUUUAGAAUCCAUAGUGAACUGAAACGUUUCGGAUUUCGUGACUGAUCUGAAUGUUUCAGUCGCUCGCGCUGAAGCGAACGCGGAUUCCUCGCGCAGAGAAUCAAAGUCUCUCAAACGCACCGUUUAGCUGCACAAACAUGGAUGUUCUGGCCAAUUACAGUAUUUUCCAAGAACUUCAACUUGUGCAUGACACUGGCUACUUCUCCGCGAUGCCGUCGCUGGAGGAAAACUGGCAGCAGACAUGCUUGGAGUUGGAACGCUAUCUGCAGACAGAACCCAAACGGCUGUCUGACCUUUUCGACGAGGAACUGGACGGCCUCCUUACCCCCUCCUUCAUGAAGGAAGACGGCGAUGAAGACCUGUUAGACCCCCUCCUUCCCAGCCUCAACAACCCGCCUAGUCCUCCUCCUCCUCACCUCACCCCACGCAAAGAAACCGUCUCCUCCACUUCCUCUACUGUGACCUCUCCAGACAUCACCUUAGGGGUCAACGCAGCCCAGCUGAACGCCGUCACCUCCCUAACGCCUCCCUCAUCCCCAGAACUGGGCCGUCACUUAGUCAAACCCACCCACACACUUAGUGCCUCGCCCGACGGGACUCUCACGCUCAAGCUAGUGGCCCGAAAGGUGGGCUUGAGUUCUGCCAAGCUCGUGGCUGCUCACCCGGUGCCGCUCUCUCCCCAGCAUGGCAGCAGCGGCGCACAGAGCGACGGGGAACAGGGUGGCACCUUCACCAUGGGGGCUGGCGAGAUGGCAGAGAACAAGAAGAGGGUCCAUCGCUGCCAGUUCAACGGCUGUCGGAAAGUCUACACCAAGAGUUCACAUCUGAAGGCACAUCAGAGGACACAUACAGGGGAGAAGCCUUACAAGUGCUCAUGGGAAGGCUGUGAAUGGCGGUUCGCGAGAAGCGACGAGUUGACGAGGCACUACCGCAAACACACCGGCGCCAAGCCUUUCAAGUGCAAUCACUGCGACAGGUGUUUUUCUCGAUCCGAUCACUUGGCACUGCACAUGAAGAGGCACAUCUGAGGAGGACGAAGAGGAGGAGGUGGCAAAAUGGCGAGGUGGAGGAAGAGACAGAGAAGAAGGUAGAGGAAGAGAAAGCGAGGGAUUAUGGGAAGGAGCCGAAUACCACUCAAGCUGUUCGCUCAUCCCACUAGAGAGAGGCCCCCGUGAGGGACCGAUAGAAGGCCACAAUCGAUCGAUUAGUUUUGGUCGGGCGAGAAGCGAUUCACUUCUGACCAUAAGGACAGAGUCAGAGGUCUACAGAUCUGAGAAGGUGGUACGACAGCUUAUGUCACUCUAAGACAAUGUGCUUCAGUAGGUAUUUGCGUAAUACUCAAAACAUCAAUGACUCGAUUUAGUUACUAUUAUUGCGUUCCUUCGUCUCCGAGAUCCAUUUAAUGUUUUAGUCGAUGUUACUUAAAGUAUGUCUUACGCAUAUUGGCACAAACUGACAAAAGCUACCAUUGCACCUGAUUUGAUUUACUGCACCGUGCGGGACGUGUCCUGAAUGCAUCUCCUCCUUUGGAGAAUAUCGUAGCGAUAGGACGUCAAUCCAAAGAGAUGGAUUUUUUUUUUCUCCCCCAUUUUGAGCAAGGAUUAUCUUUCUGCUUUGAUCCCGCCAAGCCACAGCCGAGAUCUAAAGUGGAACGUCCAUCCGGAGAAAUCUGGAUUUCAAAGGUGAGAGGCGACCAAGUGGAAUCGGCCAUCGCUCAAAUGUGAAUCUGACUGGGGGCAGUGGAGGAAAAACUCUCUCACCUUCUUUGUAGACGGACAAAUCUCUCUUUCACGUCACUCCCUGCCAACCAACAGCUGCGCAGCGACACUUUGAGACUUUUUAUAAAGGAAAAAAAAAAUAAGGAAGAGAUCUUUUUGAAUGAUGACUAUGUUAUAUAAAUUCAGAAGACUUCUUUUUUGCUUUUCUCCUGUGGAUGUGUACAAAAUAGAAAAAGAAAAAUAAAUAAAAAUGGACCAAAAAAAACUGCCAUAUGCACAAGUGAAGAGUAGUGGAUUCUGCACUGGCACAGACCGCAUCUGAGGUGGACUUCAUUUCUAUAGAAAAGCAAAAGACUUUUUAGUGGCUAAAAAAAAAACAAAAGAAGAGCAAUGUUGUUGUUGCACACGUUUUGAGCAUUCCUCAACAUUAUUUAUGACCCAUGAAACGUUAUCCCAUAAACUUGGGUUCCUUUGGGAUUUCUAGGACUAGCAUGAAAUGAGAAAAGCACCAUGGUUUAUCUGCGGACUUCACAACAGAAUAAUGACUUCCACCAUUCAAGGCAGAGAUUUGCAAUCACAAAGUUUAGAUUUUGUAAAUCCAUUACAGUAUGUCCGGAAAAAAACGGUCUGGACACACAGUUAUUUUAGUUUGGACAGAUGAAAGCAUCAUAAGAAAGAUGCAUGUGGUGUGUUUCGCUGGUCCUACAGGUGACAUCUACAUGUUUAAACUUUGUGAUGUUUUUUUUUUUUUUUUUUUUUUUUUUUAGCAUUACAUAUCUGUCGGCCUUGCGUUCCUGGUAAAAAUGGCUGUACAGUAUGAAAAACGUAUAGUUAAAGUGAGGUUUAAAUUACAACGUACAAUCAAGUGUGGGAUGGAAAGUGUUCCUGAAUGUAAGGUUGUUUGAUUGUGGACGGCCCUGCACUUAUGCAAUCAUUCAGACCACUGAAAGGCCUGAUCUGCUGAAGAUAGAUCCCACUCCGGCUCAUGCAUAAAGAUCUACACAAAGGCUUGUUGAUGAAGGAAUAGCUCGCAUAAAAUGAAAAAUCUGUCAUUGUUUGCUCACCCUUGAGUCUUUCCAAAACUUGUAUGACUCUCUUUCUUCAAUGGAAGGCAAAAGAUGUUUUGAAGAAUGUCCAUAGCGGUCUUUUUACCUACAAUACAAAACAGGAAUGGGAAGCUGUUAAACUCCAGAAGUCAAUGUGACUAAAUUUCAAGACUUCAAUGUCUAAAACAGACCUAAAUUUAACCUGUUAUUCACAACAAUCUUACUUUCUGCAGUAGCUCUUGAAUCUCAUUCUCACUUCCACAUAUUCAAACUUGCAACAUAGACAAAAAGUUACAAGACAUGCAAAAACCACAGGCUUUGAGGAAUCAUUGGCAUCAAAACUGUUGCAAUGUAUCUUCAGUUCGCAUAAAAAUCUAUCAAAGCUAUAAUAUGUAAUAUUUCAAAUUUUACUUGGAAUAUAAGUUGUAUGGUACAGAGCACCGCACAUGACAUGGAGACAAAAAAGAAAUAUGUGGCCACGAAUUAAGAAUUCUUUUUUCCCAUUUUAUUAAAUCAUGGCCACGAUUUACUGAUUACGAAGCCCCUAAAUGGACUUGAAGGAAAAAAAAAAAAUGAGAUGGAGGAAAAAUUAUUUGUCAAUGCUUUUGCGUUCUCUCGCAAAUGUUUUCCGUUCCGCCGAGAAAAUAUGCAUUCGCUUGCAAAAACUUUUGCGUUCAGCUGAGAAACUUUGCGUUCGCUUACAAAGAGCUCAAAACUUUUCGCUAGUGAACGCAAAGUUUCUCAUGGAAACGCAAAACAUUUUGCGAGUGAAGACAAAGUUUCUUGUGGGAACACAAUGUUUCUCGUGGGAAUGCAAAACAUUUUGUUAGCGAAAGCAAAGUUUCUCGUGGGAACUAAUCAGUAACUAAUUUGUUCAUUCUUUUUAGUUAAAUCAUGGCCACAAAUUAAGAAUUCGUUCCCACGGCUUAUUAAUUUGUUCCCUCAUUUUAGUAAAUUGUGGCCACGUUGAACUAAUUUGUUCCCUCAUUUUGAUGUAUCUAAAACAAGGGAAAUAAUUAUUAUAUAGUAAAAUAUAUAUAUAUAUAUAUAUAUAUAUAUAUAUAUAUAUAUAUAUAUAUAUAUUUUUUUUUUUUUUUUUUUUUUUUUUUUUUUUUUUUGGAGCAGCAUAAUUGACAUAAUAAUGAAUAUAUAACAUUCUGCUAAAAGAAAGUCAUACAGGUUUGGACCUGACAUGAGGGCAAGUGAAUGAUGACCAUUUUAAUUUUUGUGUGAACUAUCCCUUUUUUCCAGAUCCUGUUAUAGCGGUUUUGUGUGUUGUGGUGUAAACCACAUUUGUAUGAUCGAACUCAGAGGCCCAGAUGUAUAAAAUGAGCGCAACAAACCUAGAUUUUAUUUAUUUUUAACUAUUGCAUACUACCCAUACUGUAUAUAAACAUCAAGAUGCUCAAAUUGAUGCUUUGGCUUGUUCAAAGAUUUCUAAACCCUAAACAGAAUCGAUUUCAUUUUAGACAUAAACAUCUGCAUAGUCAUUUUUUUAUUAGGUAAAACAAUUUUAACCAUAUCUUUAUAGAUUAAAAAAAAAAAAAAAAAAAAAAAAAAAACACACCAUCUGGUUCAUUUCACCCAAAAAACAGGUGAUGGACAAGGAUAUUCAUGUCUUGUUCAAGCCGUCUUGUCACCUGUCAGUUCCUUCUUCUCACUCACUUGUCUAACACAGACCAACAGGGAGGCAUGUGUGACAGAACGGCAGUAUGGGUAAUGAGAAAGAAAUUGGGCUCUCCCGGCAGCGGCCAGCGCUGGCCGCCCCCUCAAUGGGGCGGAACGGAAUAGGACCGCACUGGGGGUCACACGCCACACUUGUGCUGACCGGGAGAUCUUAUCGCUACCGCCCGACACAGUCGAUUUCACCAUGUAGUUGGUUGUCAGCUUACCUCCCUCCCUGGCCACAUUAGCUCCAUGAAAAAUAACAAAGACACAAGGUCGCUGGAAUCCAGAGCAGAACUGCUCGCAUCCAAUGUCCUCAAGAGACGGUUUCUGGCUAAAAUCUAGUGCAAGAAACUUGCUUUUCAUAGAGGGUUUAAAGCUGCAAUCUGAAAUGUUACCAUUUAUCUUCUAAGCAGUUGAGAAAAUUCAUGAUCAUGGGCUGUACAAACUAGGAAGUAAAGCAUUGUUUUGUCACAUUUUUCAAAGGGAUUCUGUCGCGAGAAGGAUAAACGCAUAUGAGAAAUAAAAUGUAAGAGUGAAUCUCACAAAACCUUUUAAGAACAUGUUGGAUCAUAUUUCACCUCAAAAACCAAAAGAAAUAAGAAAUUAUAUUUGCGAUACAGAUCACUCCAUUGUAUGGAAGCUUGUUUCCGCCACGGAAUAAAAAAAAUUAAAAGAUAAUCGCUUUUUUUCUCGCAAUUUUGACUUCUUUUCUUAGAAUUGCGAGAUAUAAAUGCACAAUUGUGAGUUAUAAAGUCAGAAUUGCGUGAUAUAAAAGUUGUGGGAUGUAUAAAGUUGCGAGACUUUAUAUCAUCUUUAUAACUCGCCACUGCGUGUUUAUAUCUCACAAUUGUGAGAAAAAAAAUUUAGAAUUGUGAGAUAAAAUGUUAUAAUUACCUUUUAUUUUCUAUUCAGUGGCAGAAACAAGCUUCCAUACCAUUGUGAUACACUACCGGUAAAAAGUUCUGAUUUUUUAAAUUAUCAAAAAAGUUUUUUAUUAUUUAAUUAUUUAAAAUAAUAAUAAUAAAAAAAUAUAUAUAUAUUAUUUGAAUAUAUUUUUAAAAUAUAAUUUAUUCCUGUGAUCAAAGCUGAAUUUUCAGCAUCAUUACUCCAGUCUUCAGUGUCACAUGAUCAUUCAGAAAUCAUUUUAAUAUGAAAAACUGUAGUAAUUUGACAAUUUCUUACUUUAAAUUUCACAAUAUUACAGUAUUUUUGUUCAAAUAAAUGCAGCCACUAACUUUUCACCACUAUAUUUCCCCAAAAUGUGUCCAUCAUGUUACUGUACAGUAUGUUGUACAGCCAUCAUGCUGGUUUUAUUUAUUUAUUUUUUUUAAAUCAUUUUGUUCAUGAGAAGUGUUUAUUUAACAUUGUGACAUUUUCAUGAUAAUUAAUCUUAAUUUUGGGGUGUAAUAUGACCUGGGCAUUUUUUGUCAGGUUUUGUGAAGAUUCACAGUGUACCUUAAUUCCUGCUAAUGGAUAGAAACAGUGUUUCAUCACAAGUCUUGUGCUAAACUUCUCAUUGAGCUUGUCAAGUUAUUGCAUUCUGUGAAUCAUGACAUAUGAUGUUUACUAGUAGUUUUCCUUGUGGACUUCUGACCGUUUGUUCACUUUAAGUGCACCUUUCCCUUAAAAUCCUUUUUAACACCCUCCAGCAGGACCAAUUAGGGAUGUUACCUUGGCAAAAAAAAAACUAGCUAAUGAGUUUGUCUUAAUGGUCCUGUGAAGCCCCACAGAGAAGCUUGUUGUCUGCUUUUUUGGGGCUUGUUUUAUGUGCACUGUCUUUCGUUUUUCUCGAGUGUGUAUAAACCUUGUAUGUUACCCACUUAAACAGCUUUUAAAUCACACAGACAACUUACUGACCUUUUUGCUGUGGGAUAAUGCAAUUAUUUGUAAUUACCGAUGCACACUUGCAGGUACACUUUUACAUUCUACAAUGUAAAAUUUACAUCCUAAAGUUCUGGCACGAGCUGAGACACUACUACACAUGCAGGGAACACUAAAUUAGGAGUUUGAAUGCAUUUCAUAUCUCGUAAUAUUACUAUUAGUCUGUUUUAGAGGUCUGUACAUUGUUUUUGGAUUGUCUGUACAUUCAUGUUAGCAGCUGGACUCCAUUCGCUCACUAGCCAUCUAACACAUUGGGUUUUUUUUUUCCCUUCUAUUGCUCAAAACGCUGUGCUAAAAGCUUCCAAAUGGAUGGUAUGAAGCUAAUAGAGUGAUUUCCGAUGUUUGUUGCACUCGUAGCGUAGUUUUCCGGUUAAAGGCUUUUUUCCACACUUCCUGCUGUAAAUUAAAUCCGUUUCCGAGCCCUCUGCUUUUUGCAGGCAUUUCAUGCUUUCCACUUUGCUCCUAUAUUUAUGCCGUUUUUUAUUUUUAUUUUUUGUUUUAUUUGCUGUAAAAAGUGUUUGCAUAUAUUAUUUGUAUUAUAUGAUGUUAGUAUGACAAUGUUCUUUAUUAAGGAAAAGGAAAAGAGUUUAUUUUUGUUACUGGUUUGUUUCAUAAUUCUUUUUUAAAUUGGUAUUGUAAUAUAUCUAUGCAAGAACUGUUAAGUGAAGCAUUUUUAUUUAAGAAUGUCAUUAUGUGUAAUAAAUGGUAGAAUCUUA